AUGUUUGUUAGCGGAGCUUUUCAGGUUCCUCGGGAGAGACGCUGGGGUGCGGCUCGGGUUGCACGUCCUAGGCGUGCGCUCCGGCUACGGGACGCGCAACGUCGUCACAGUGGCGUCUCGAUUCUGGAGGCCAACGGCGAGAGCAAGGAUGGCAAAGCAGGAGGCAAAGGUGGCGGCCUAUUUGGAGGCCUUGGUAACCUCAUGGAUGCAAUGAAAAAAGCACAAGAGUUCUCCAAAUCGGCACAGGCGCUACAGGAAGAGCUGAAGAACACGGAAGUUGAAGCAACCUCGAGCGACGGUCGGGUUCGUGCAGUCGUUUCCGGACAGCAGGUGCCAAUCCGAGUUGAGGUUUCUGAUGAGCUCAUCGCCGAGGGGAACCCAGCGGUCAGUGACGCUGUCACGGAGGCAGUGCGCAACGCUCAUGUGAAAAGCGCGGAGCUGAUGCGACAACAGCUCGCGGACCUAACCCAGUCCUACGGGCUGCCGCAACCACCGAAACAACCCUAG